CACGCUCCUCGGUCUUGGUUCUUUGCGGGUUGGCUGUUAGUGUAUCUCCAUAUGCGAUACCGGACCAUCACAAGAAGAAAAAAAAUUUUAGCCCGUGGAUGGCCCUCAAGAUACCCAAAUGAACGCAGAGACAAGUUGAGAAUCAAUACACGGCCCUACCGAUUGGCGUCAUGGUCGGCGAGAAACAACAUCCCGUCUCGAACGGAGACCUGGAAGCGGCGCCACCCGCACUCGGUGGCAAUGACAACAGAAAUGUCAAUGAGAAUGAUAAUGAGAGGAGCAUGGCCGCCAAAGAUGAGGCAAUCGCCAUGGUUGGCGAGCAGGAGCAUACCGUCGACCCCGUGUUAGUUGCGCGAGCAGUCCGCAAGAUCGACUGGUUCCUCAUUCCCACCAUGGUCCUUGGCUAUGGCAUCGUGUACUACGACAAGGCCAUUCUCGGCUCGGCCGUCCUCUUUGGCAUGACGACCGACCUGGACUUGACCGUGACCGACUACAGCACGACGCCGCCCAGCGCCGACACGUCGCGCCUCUCGUGGGCCACCUCGCUCUUCUACUUCGGCAUGCUCGCCGGGCUGUACCCCAUGUCCUUCGCGCUUCAGCGCUUCGACCUCGGCCGCGUCCUCGGCGCCGUCGUCGUCCUCUGGGGCGGCAUCUGCAUGCUCACCGCCGCCGUGACGUCGUACCGCGGCCUGUACGCGCAGCGCUUCUUCCUCGGCUUCGUCGAGAGCAUCGUGCCGACGGGCUUCAUGUGCAUCGUGUCCGGGUACUACACCCAGCGGGAGCAGAGCCUGCGGCAGAGCUGGUGGUUCAGCAGCACGGGGCUCUUCACCAUCAUCGGCGGCGCCCUCAAUUACGGCUUCGCCCAGGUCGAAGGCGGCGGGCUGAGAAGCUGGCAGUACAUCUACCUGCUGGCCGGCGCCAUCACCGUCCUGUUCGGCGUCCUCUGCUUCGCCAUGCCCAACUCGCCCGUCACCGCGUGGUUCUUGACCAAGGAGGAACGGUUUGCGGCCGUGGAGAGGUUGAGGCGCAGCCAGACCGGGGUCAGGUGCACCAAGCUCAAGAUGCGGCAGGUCAAGGAGUCGUUGCUGGAUCUCAAGACGUACCUUAUCUUUGUGAUGAUGGCUAGUGCGUAUACCAUGAACGGCGCCGUCAGCGGUUUCGGCCCGCUCAUUGUGUCGACCUUUGGCUGGAGCACCCUCCACUCGAUCGUGUUCCAGUUCCCUCUCGGGGCCAUCUGUUUCUUCGUCAUUCUGCUGACGGGCUAUCUGGGGUCCAGGAUCCCCAACAUCCGCCUCAUCAUGCUCAUCUUGACAUGUCUGCCCGUGAUUGCUGGCUGUGCCAUCAUCUGGAAGAGCGAGUCGUCGUACCGGGCCGCCGCACCCGUGGUCGGGUACUCUAUCACCGGCUUCUUUGGCGGGACGGUGAGCCUCAUCAUUACUGUUGGCAUGUCGAACGUCGCUGGACACACCAAAAAAAGCUUCAUGGCGGCCACCAUAUUUGCUGCCUACUGUCUGGGAAAUAUCGUCGGGCCACAACUGGUCAAGUCUCAGACUCGCCCGCAGCAUUAUCCCGAGUUGUGGUUGGGGCUGAUAAUCUGCUACAUUAUAUGCAUUGCUGCAUCGGCAACUCUCUAUGUUGUCUUGGCGGCGGCGAACAAGAAGAAGGCGGCUUUGCCCGAGGACGAGACAGAACGAGCAAAGCUGGCCUUCCAGGAUCUGACCGACAUCGAAAACCCUUAUUUCAGAUAUGUCCUGUAGGGAUCAUGUGCAACAGUUCGUGUGGUAGAUGAAGAACGAAGGGCGCGGGCCCCGUUUCUCCCAUUUCGAGACACUUUGUCUGAGCCGAGCUGAGAAAACCGCUUCU